UUUACAUUAUCAGUCGCUAAUACUAAUGCACUUACCUUCAAUGUGAAAAGUUUUCCGCACCAGGGACAGAAAUACUUCGCAUCGUGAUCUGGGUGAACUUUAUGUUUAAAAUACAGUUGAAGCUUUGGACAGAAUUCAUUAUCUGAAGACCUUAAAAUAUUAUAACAUUGAUCUUCACUUCAAGAAUUUCGGUAUACUGAGAUAUUUACGAUGAAGUUAUUCCACUUUCAUUUUAUUGCUAAAAGAUUAUAUUCCGGAUCAGGCAUCAUUAAAGCCCAGAAAUAUGUGCUUACUAAAUAUUUUCAAGGAGAACCGAAGAAAACUGACUUUCAAUUAGUAGAAGAAGUACUCCCCGAUCUAAGAGAUGGAGAAAUAUUAACUGAAGCGGAGUACAUCAGCGUGGAUCCAUUUAUGCGUGCCUAUAUGAUAGGGUAUAAAUUACCUGUUGAUAUGAUUGGCGGUCAAGUUGCAAAAAUUGUUGCCAGCCGAAAUGAACAUUAUCCGAUUGGCAAAUACGUUACUGGUUCCUUUGGGUGGCGUACCCAUACAAUUUGUAACCCUGAGAAAUUAAAAGGAAAUGCAGGUUUUGCACCAUUCAGCCUUUUGCCAGACAUUAGUCCCUACCCUGUUUCUUUAGCACUUGGUAUCCUUGGCAUGCCAGGGAGACUAGGCUCCAAUAGUUCUCUUCGACGUAAACUCAUGAUUCGCACAACACUGCUCAAGCGCGACUGCCCGCCAGCUUGUUUCGUGCCCGCGCGAGAUAUCGCUGCCUACCCGCUCCGUGUCGCGUCGCCCCGCUGUUGUCGAGUAGUUGGUUUUGCUGGAACGGAUGAGAAAUGCUAUUAUUUAGAGAAAGAGUUAGGCUUUGAUCGAGCGUUUAAUUAUAAGACGGUUGAUAUUAAAGCAGCGCUUAAAGAAGGUGCACCAAGAAAAGUAGAUUGUUAUUUUGAUAAUGUUGGAGGACAAAUCAGUUCAAAUAUUAUUAAUUACAUGAAUAAAUACGGGAGAGUGGCUGUUUGCGGUUCUAUUUCAUCGUACAACGAGUCUUGUUCGCCGAAAGCAACAAUUCUUCAGCCUGCGAUUGUUUUGAAAGAACUCAAAAUAGAAGGUUUUUUGGUCGACAGAUGGAUUGAUAGAUGGGAAGAAGGUAUCAAUGCCAAUCUUCGUUGGCUAGUUGACGGUAAACUAAAAUACGAGGAAAAAGUAUAUCAUGGGUUUGAUAACAUGGUGGAUGCUUUUGUUGGUAUGCUUAGGGGAGAAAAUACCGGGAAAGCUGUCGUCAAAAUCAAAUGAGUUGUUUAGCUAAGUUUAUCUAUUGAUAUAAAUUUC